CUAAAAGACUCAAACUUUAUCAGAUUUUUUACCAACUUGCGUGCUUUAACCAUACGAUCUUUCGACAGACCCGACUAUGAUUUAACUCCUGUACUUGACAAACUUCACUCUUGGGGACCGAACAAUCUUCUUACUGCCGAACAACUUACAAGGAAACUGUGUUUCUUAUUAGCUAUUACUGGUUUUCUUCGUCAUGCUGACCUUCACCGUAUCAACAUGCUGAAAACUUCUGUCCUUACCACCACUUCUCAACUCAAACUGGUUAUAGACUGUCCAAAAGAAAAACGUGGAGGCUCUCCUAUUGAACGUGUUGUAUUUAUACAUCAACAUCCUGAUUCUCUUUUAUGUCCUGUUCUAGUGUAUCAAGAAUAUGUUGCUCGUAUUGCUACUACUCCUUGUCUCGGUCCUCAUCCUACUAGACCUUCAAGAACAAUUGGUUUUCUCGUACGUAGUCUCAAUGAUUUCAACUCAUCUGUGUCUGUUCAAACUAUUAGCCGACAUGUUCGUAGCCUACUCAAUCAUAUCACGGUGCAUGAUAGCUCUGACCAACGUCACCCUCCUCCUCGUGCUCGUGCUGUUGGUUCCUCCAAUGCUGCUUUACAUGGUGCUAACCUGGAUGAUAUCUUAGUGCAUGGUUCUUGGGCUUCUGCUUGCGUAUUUGACAACUUUUACCGGUUAUCUCGUCAAACUGUCACUAACUUUACGACUAUGGCUCUUUCA